UUGAGUGCCAGGAGAGACGGUUAGCUGUGAAUGUUGAUGCCAAAACUUCAGUGCCCAGUGCCACUCCCACUGGCAGCCAGCACACAUCCCAUAUCCGACUUCCCAUGUGCCCAGCCACAUUAUGAUCGAUGAGUGGGAGUGGUCAGAAGGUGCGGCUGUGGCGUGGACGGCGGUAGUUUGGGUGGUAGUGGUUGUGGGCGGUGGGGUCAACGCAGCAGUUCUGGUACACUGGUUCUCAUCCCACCCUACCUACGAUACUCCAAUAGUGGCACUACACGUUACCGACUUCUUCAUGUGUGUGCUGGCUGCCCCUCUCAGGUACACCCACACACCACCCAUUCCUUCCUCUUCUCCCUCGAGUGCCAGCGACGUUGUGACACCGACAUCUUCACAUAACUUGCUACUCCAAGAACCCAGUUUAUUGUCUAAGCAAGAACUUACUGUCAUCUUAAGCCGUACCGCAUUUAACGGCAAUACCAGCACACAGACCAGUAUGAAUGACAUCACUGCCAACCAAAGUGAUCUCACAUCUGAAAACAUCACAAGUAUGGACAGCCACAUAUUUGAUGAUAAAACGAGCCUAGGUGAUCUCACAUUGGAUACCAUCAGCAAAACGACUGCGGAAGGUGAGUUGAUUACAAGAGGUCUGGCUCACGCUGUUGUGUUGUGUGUAUGUCUGGCGUCCUUACACGUGGUGGUGACGGUGGCACUGUACCGCCUGGCGCUGCUCUGGCGCUGCCCCACCGCUCUCCCCAUCCUCUCACGCCUGGCAUCACCAGUACUGGUGCUGAUGGUUGCGGUUGUUGGUGCCGGGCUGCUGGUGGGAAGCCUGCACGCUACCAGUAACUUCACAGCCGAACUUCCACUGCUGGGCCUCACUGGCUUUCCUUCCCUGGGAUCUUUUCCUCCUGCUCAGGUGAUAGGCUUUCUCUUUUAUGUGACGAGUUUAUGUGGUACUGCUACACUAUGUUAUAUUCUUAUUAUCGCGGUUCUGGUACAUCAGGGAAGAGGAAAUGUAAUACCGGCUCCCUCAGCUCUUCCUGGGCGGCAGCUACCGUCAUGCCACAUUGUCAGCAGUGAAGUUCCUUCAUCCCCAGAAACCCAGACAGUAACACAAGGUUACGGCCACGGGAGGACGGUGAGAGCGUGCAUGACCGUUAUAUCAGUGUUGGUGACAUUGUUGGUGUGCUGGGUUGUACCUGUGAGCCUGGCACUCUAUGCUGUCAUCAUUGAUGCCUCUAUGACACCAGUAAUUCCAUAUAGCGACGCCCUUCUUCUUCUGUCUGGCCUCAUUCACCCAUUUAUGUACGGAGAAGGUUGGGCUGCCCUGGCGGCCUGUGUAGCCGGGCUGCGACAUACGUUUUCUUCUGUAGCGUACCGACUGGGAGUAACAAAGCCAAUAAAAACGAGGAUUCGUGCCACACAUACGGACAGGGAAGAGCACAGACAGGGCAGAGCGUUGUGCUGCUGGCCCUGCAGGAAACGGUAUCAUCUCCCGGAUGCUCAGUUCUCAGAGGCUGCCACAUUUGUCAACAGCUUUUCCUUCAAACGUGCUGUCUCGCGUCAAGACCCAGAGCAGUGAUGGAUGCCACGAACAACCUCUCCAUAGGCGUGAAGCUGUGCCACUCGUGCACGUACAAUGGUCAAAUGUAUUGCUCACGUAAUAUCUGUACCAGAGCUGAUUAACCUUAUUGUUCACAGGACCCUCAUUGUUCCUGCGGCAUCCGCCAGGAGGUCGCACUCUAAAAAUUUAAUUUACAUUAAACUUUGUAAUGUUAUGAAUGAAAUAAAAAAUAGAAAAGGCUUGGAGUC